AUGUCCAGGUCACGAUCUAGUAUUGCUAGUGACAGCAGUGACCGUCUGGAGCCGCGUUUACUAAGAGCGGCCGAAAACGACAGUGUCGAGGCGCUGAGGCAAAUUAUCGAAUUGGCCCACGAGAAUGGCCAGUACAGCGACAACUUUCUGCGAGUUGGGCUUAUGCGAAGCUGCGAGCGCGGAUGCAUUACCGCAACGCAGUAUUUGCUGGACUUAUUAUGUGUGAAUCUGAAGGAUGGGAAUAAUCGACCCUCUCCUCUUGCCGCGAAUAAUCGUCCUUCACCGUUAUUGCGCGCCGUUGAGCGGAAUCACGUCCGAAUAGUGCAGUUGUUAUUGGAUUAUGGCGCACCUCUAGAGACGGCGGAUAAGGAUGGUCGAACGGCGUUGAUGACAGCUGCCUGGAAGAACCACUGGCAUGUGCUGCAAAUACUAAUCGCACGAGGCGCAAAUGUCAACGCAAAAGAUCACAGAAAGAGGAAUGUGCUGCAUAACCUGGCGGCCGAUAAGCACUGCAACUGGGGUGAGGAUGUUAUUGCACUUUUGUUGAAGACUGUUUGCGAGAUUGAUGGUGAAGCCGGCCAGGAUGAGUUGGGUCGAACUCCACUGCACUGGGCUUGCGCGACGGGGAAGUUGCGCUUCGUAGAGUUGCUUUUGACAAGACCACAUGGGCCAGUUGCGAACGUAAAUGCGAUUGAGUUCAGAAACAAAAGUGCACUCCAUAUCGCAAUCGCUCACGAUUGGGACAAUAUUGUGCAUCUUCUACUCCGACACGGUGCAGAUAUUGACUCCAGAAGUGAUGGCGGCUGGACUCCGCUGCAUAAUGCUUGUGAUAAGGGCGCUAAGGAGAUAGUGCGCAUUUUAUUGCGCACUGGGGCCAAGAUUAACAGUCAACUUUUGAAUGGUGUCACACCGCUGCAUCUGGCAGCCCAGGCAGGACACACCGACGUCGUGCAAUGUCUCCUGGAGCAUCCGGAUUUGAAGCGGAGGGUCCGUGAUAACUUUGGUUGUACGCCAUUCUUACGAGCAGCCCAGUUCAAGCGCAAAGAUAUCGUGUUGCUCCUGGCGCCAUUCAAUAAUGUAGAUGCACUUUCGCCGGAUGCGCGGGGCGCUUGCGAAGGUUUCGAAGCGACAGUUGUCGACUUCGGAAACUUUCGCAACGAGAACAGAGUGAGGAAAGCAUCGGUUUUUAACUUAUUAUACGGGCGAGACCCCGAUAAUUCACACAAACAAGCUUUUACUACUGUUCCCAGGGAUAGUAAAGUUACCGACUUCAGGUGGAUUCAUCUUCCUGCGAAUAAUAUGGCUUGGGUCGAGGCGCUGCUCACUAAGAAUUUCAUCGAGGAGGGCGCGCACGACAUCGAAAGCUUCAAAGGCCUUGAAAGAUCAUUCCACUACCAGCAUCGAGGUCAAAGAACGCAUUCCCACUUUAUGCGACCAAUGUGUCAACGCACACACCGAAAGCAACGGUUUGAUGAAGAAAAAGAAGAAAGCGCAGAGGAGAAGGUUGAGAGAAAGCUUCCCCAAAUUGUUAUCAAUGGGCGUCUCCAAGAGCUGCCGAAAAGUUCAGCAAACGGCAGUAGCCACAAAGCAAAGAAGCAGAAGCCACAGGGAGGCAAGUUCGAACGGGCCGAAUCUGACGAUACCUCGAAUAGCUCCCACGGGAAAAAAGCGAAGAAUCACACCAAACGUGGUAGAGCUAAAGGUGAAUUGAUACAAAAUUCGAAGAAUGACGAGCAACAUCGACAUCCACUCUCGCUCUGUAAAGACAACGGACAUUCUGCCACCAGCAAUGUGUGCGUGUUCAUGCCAUAUCUCCAUUUUGAAACGGCUGAAAGGAGACUGAAAAUGCAAGAAGCAAUACAACGAGCCGAGACGCUUAAUAUCCAGACUGGACUCUCUCGCUCCCCUACACGGGAUGAGAUGCUCAUCCGCGCGCACCUGGCAUCUUCCACGGCGUCACUUCAUGUCCGACGGACACUGGAUCAGUUUUUCUACCCUAACAUUGAUACCCAGACCCGAGAUCAGGACCAGGUGGUGUAUCGCUAUCAGACCAAGGGGCAAGGACAAGAGAGAUACGGAACGGAACCCAAGAUUUUCAUGGUGGACCAAUUAUGGAUGUGGAUCAUGGGGACAGAUUUGAUCGUCACCUGCUUUGCACAACGAUGGGAACAACCAAAAAAUGACCCGUUAAACGUGUUGGACGGAAUCAUAGAGGACAUAAACUCCAAGACUCGAGAACCAGUUCGCUCUGUAUAUGACUUGGCCAGCAUCAUCACUAACCGCUGUUCGGGUGUCUUUGACCGCCACCGUAUGGGUGACGACGAGUAUCAGUUCUUGGACAUGUUCGAGUCCUCAAUUGGUAUUGCAACGGACCGCGAGACAGUACUUUUUAAUAAAUUCAACCGCGCAUCAGCCCAGGCCUCGGACUGGCUCAAAAACCAUCGCAAGCUGAGUCGUUUCGCUCGGAACUCGCAACCAAAAAAGGAUGCCACCAACCGUGACGGCGAUGAACAGUUUGAAGAAGACGAAGAUGAAGUGCCCCUCUUCGUGGAUAACCUCCUCGAUAUCGGACAGGAGAUCGACCUUCUCGCCGAGGCUAAGGACAUCCGUGACGAACUCAACAUGAUUCGUACUGUUCUACAACACCAGCAGGAUGUCCUACUCGACUUCCAAGAUGUCAUCUUUGGAAUUUAUCAAGUACAACAUCGAUCGCAGUACGAAAUCAAGAGGCGAUUCAAGGAGCAGCAACGCGCGAUCGACAUGCACCUUAAGGACAUCGAGCGGAUGGAUAAGCAAGCGGAGCGUAUUUAUUCAUCCAUCACGGAUUUGCUAGAUCUAAAGCAAAAACAUGCAAACGCUUUCGAGGCCCGGUUCGCCCGCGACCAAGCUGCUGGCACAACCCGCCAGGGCAAAAUUAUGAUGGUGUUUACUAUCGUAACAACUGUCUUUCUUCCCCUGUCAUUCAUCGCAACCUUUUUCACAAUGAACCUCGAAGAGUUUCCCCACAACGCAGACGGAUCGGAGCAACUCCCUCUCGCAUACGUCGCAGAGUACACAUUCGGCAUUGGAGUUGCUAUUUCUAUCCCACUUAUUCUCCUUGCCCUAACCGUGGACGAUAUCGGAGAUGGAUGCCAGGAAGCCAUUCGGCGGACUCGCCGGUGGAUGUUUCAUAGGAAGAAGAAACCCCGUCGGCAGUCCGCAAUCGAAGAGCCAAGGCCUACGACAGCAUUAGGAUUGGAUAAGGUUCUCAGUGGGACCAAGUCUCGGAGAAGUGUUGAUACAGAAUUGGCUGGAAGCUUGCUACCUGUCUCUACAAGAGGAACCAUUCGUUCUUUGGGCAAAAGAAGUGUAUUUUUGAGACGGGAUGAGGUAUAUUGA